AUGCUGCCCGGGAGAGCGGCUGACGUCCGCCUUUGCGUCCUGACGAGCCGCUGGGUGCCCGCGGUCCUCGCGCUGCUUCUCCUGCUCUCCACCAGCCUGAGCAGCGCGCACAGCACCACGGUGGAGCACGACUUCCACAUCGUCCACAAUGUCGACAACAGAAGUAAGACCUCAUUUUACAACAUUUAUCUAACUUUUUGGGGGGGUUCUUAAUGAGGCUAACUGCAAAAAGUGUUGGAAUAGCAUUAGUGAGGGUGAUUUAAGAGGCUAAAAGUUCAGGGGAAAGACUCAUUGUAAACGAUUGACAAAAUAAAAUUCAACCCUUAAAACAGUUAACUCUGAAUUUUACCUCCAAAAAUGAGGUUAAAUGAAUUUUAACCUCAUUUUGAAAGAUAAAAUUCAUUCGUGAAGGAGCAUCACUUAAAGAAACAACAACUUUAAAUCUUAGAGACUUAUUUACUACAUCCUAGUGUUAGUUUUUUGUUGCUCAUCCAUUUUUACAGAGCUGUACUAUGUUGGUCUGUCAUUUAUUCUUUAUGUACAUUAUUCUGUGAUAGUUUAAUGCAAAAUGCUUCAUUUUAUUAUGUUUUAAUGCAUGUAAAAAUGAGAGAAAUGUGUCUGUACAAAUGUAUCUUUUUAAUUGUGCAGUUUAUGGGUUGUAAAUGGUGUUAAUUGGCUAUAUAGUUUAAUGCAAAAAAUACUCAAUUUUAUCAUGUUUUAAUGCAUGUAAAAAUGAGAGAAAUAUGUGUGUACAAAUGUGUCUUUUUAAUUUGGGUUGUAAAUGGUGUUACUUGGCUAUAUUUUUAGAAUAAACAGUAAAUAAGUAUAUUUUUAUUGUAUCCUGGGCAAAGAUUUCAAAGAUAUGUUUAAAGUCACUUUUUUAAAAUCAAUAAUUUAGUAUUAGAUGUGAAGAAAACUAGCAAAAUAUUAUCCAUCCAGCUUCUUUUUGCAUCCAGGCAGCUUAGAAAAUUCAUCCUUUAUUCUUACGUUGGUGGUGUGUGCAGACAAAAAAUUUAAAACAUAAAAGAUAACCUCAGGGACUGAAACUUUUUCUUGAAAUUAGACUUCUAUGUAAACUCAACUAAUGUAUGUGAGUGAAAACAUAUUAGAAUUGUACAUUUAACAUAUCUGGCUGUUAUAAUAAUUAUUUCUACUGCUUGCUUGACUUCCAGGUCCAGAGAUAGACCCGUUUUGGUAUGUGGGGCGCGGGGUGAGACCCAUCGGGCGCUUCGGGAAGAGGCAUAGCGGCGUGAGCAGUGGGGGUCUGCAGCCUGUUGUCAGGACUCUGGGUCUGCUUCUCAACAGCCUCAGAAACAAGGAGGAUCUCGGAAAUGUGAUAGAUGUCGAGCAGGGGGAUUGGUUACCAUGA